GUGUAAAUAAUCUUAUUAACUAUUACUUAAUUGCAUGGAUGGACCCCAUAUACAAUAUGUAGGCAAUAGCCUCUAGUGAAAUAACAGUUAAACUCUUACAAAAAUGUAAUAAAUCUAGUAAGAGGUAUAAUCUAUUAAUCGAAUAUUUCAGAUUAAAGAAAACACAUUAAAAUAGAAUAGAAUCCAUACGUUUAUUAUCUUAUCAAGAUUCAAGACAAAGAAUGAAAACAUGGAAAGCUAAAAUAUAUACUCGAUCACACCUUAUUAUUAUCUUAUUAUUAUAGUAAUCGAUUGAAUUAAUUUAAUUGUGGCUAAUGAUUUGUUUUCUUUCUUCCUUUUUCUUUAUUAAUCGAUAAAUGUUGAUGUUGUUUCGGUAAACAAGUGACACGUAGGCAGAUUGCUCCCCUUGUACUUUUCGAAAGAAAAAUAACCGUUACAACUUCACAACCCCCACACCCAACGGCUAGUUUUUUGUUCUUCUACAGACUCCAUAACUCCAUAACCAUAGCCAUCAUUGAUUUGUCUUCACUUACUUGCGCGAUCAUUUGGGGGUUUCUUUCUUCCUCACUUUCUAAUCUGAACCACUUGAUUCUUCUUCUCACUCGAAGGAUCUCGUUCGGGGUUUGGUUCCCUUCCCGUCAAAUCUCCCGAUUAGAGAGAAUUCUUUAUCCAAAUCCCAAUUUUGCAGGGAAAUUUAAUCAUGGGAGAGUUAAUGGUUGAAUCGGCGGCGGAGGCCACCGCUGCUUAUGCUCCUCCUCCUCCUCCUCCGCCACCUGCUCAUCCUCGGCGACCUAGGGUUAGGGAAGUGAGCUCUAGAUUUAUGUCACCUGUGGUUUCCUCUUCUUCUUCCAAUUCCUGCGAUUCCUCUCAUUUCUUGCCAGCCAAAUCCCCCCAUCAUAAACAUAAUCUGGGUUCAACUCCAAUUCCAAAUCAUGCGGAUCAUCAAGCCAGACCACGAUCUUCCUCUGCUAAUAGACGGCGUAGGCAACUCGAUAUGGAACCCUUAUCUUGUUCCGACGAGAAUAGACCCACCGAUUCUGAACCUCCGGCUCAAAGUCAGAGUUCUGAAACUCCUUUCCCACUUGAACAGGUUCCCAAUACUCUAAGACGACAAAGAUCUUCAAAGCUUCUCAAAGAGAAUAUCGGAGGUAGACCAUCCCAUCAUCCUCCGCAGCAUCAUUCUUCCUUGAGAAAUGGGUAUGGAAAAGGCGGUGCUUUCUCCACGCCCGCAAGGCCUGAUACACCAAUGUUAUCGACUAGUUUGGAUCGGACAAUGUCUUCAACGGCGGGGAGAUACAGACUGAACCAGCAGAGGUCUGCAAAUAUCGCUUCCUCAGCUGCUGCUAAGCUCUUGCAGUCGAGUGUGAUGUCUUUACCUUCUCAAUCCUCUGAUUUAACAAUUCAAGAAUCUAAUUCUUCAUCCCAAGAUGGUCGUUCUUCUGCGAAUGCUCUUCCCCAUGACGGCAAUCACAAUCGCUUGAGCUCUUCUGUUCAAUCUCUACCGGAUUUUCGCUCUUCCAUGUCCGAAACAGAUAUGUUGCCUACUGUUUCAGGUAGACUAAGGGGGGAGAAAAAUGGCAUUAGAGGUGGUGGUAGCAGUAGUGCCAAUACAAGUACUGAUUCUCUGAAGUUCUCAUUCCCUAACUCUCGUUAUAUGAGUUCGCCAUUUAAUUCAGGGGCAGAGGGUGGCGAGAAAGGAGCGAAUGCUGUCUCGAAUCCAUUAGCGAACUCAGUGAAGAUGGGGGGGCCUUGUCUGCCUCCAGUCCCGCCAUGUGCUAAUGCGAAGCCGGCUAUGGAAUUAAAGAAGGCAAAGAAAGUUUCUAGUCAACAGGAAGAUGUACAUUCCUUGAAAUUACUUUACAAUCGUUAUAUGCAGUGGAGAUAUGCCAAUGCAAGAGCACAAGUUUCCUUACAAGCUCAGCAAAGAGAAACUGAGACAAAAGUCAAUUCUCUCAGGGUAAAGAUGUCAGAGCUGUAUGAUUCUGUGACGAGGAAACGUACAGAACUUGGGAUAUUGCGAAGGACUAAAACUCUAUCAACAAUUCUUGAAGCCCAGGUUCCAUAUUUGAACCAAUGGUCUGCUCUUGAAGAAGAUUACUCAAUUUCUGUGGCUGAAUCCAUUCAAGCUUUAGUUAAUGCCUCAAUUCAACUUCCACUUGGCGCGAAUGUUCGGGUUGAUGUGAAAAAGCUUCAGGAGGCCCUGAACUCUGCUAUGAAAGUUAUGGAGAUAAUAGCUUCGAAUGUUCAAGAUUUUGUACCAAAGGCGGAAAGAACAGAGAUUCUUAUAUCAGAACUUGCCAGAAUAGGUGGUGGUGAAAAAGCUCUUGUGGAAGAAUGUGGAGACUUGUUGUCAAGAACAUUCGCAUCACAGGUGGACGAGUGCAGCUUAAGGAGUCAGAUAAUUCAAUUGCAUAAAACAUGUGUUAGCAAAGAUAAUGUCUUGGUAAAAGAAUUAGAAGUGAAUAACUAACUAAUCACCACAUUCCAUUCACCUGAGGCCGACAAGGUGUACAUACACAUAAGAUUUCAAUAGCAAAAUCGUCUGUUUGUUUUUUACCUCAAUUUUUGUGUUGUUUACAAGGGUAAAAAAGUUGAGAUACGCAGCAGCCAAUUCUUUCAUUCUUUGCAAAUUUCUGUCAGCCCUGUAAUGAUGGAUUUGCUUUUGAUUUGGAGUUCUUAUAUUUGUAACAACAUGGCAACUUUAACUGUUUGUUAGAUCAAAUCGUUGCUUAGAUAAAUAAAGAGAUAAUAUAGUAGU